AUGUCAGAGACAUAUGACGGGUGUGGUGAGAGACACAGAAACAGAUAGAGCCGACAGAGAGGUACUAAAGAGAGGGAGAGAGGGAGGAAUAGAGGAUUGGUCCAAACAAACCAGUGUUGUUGCUUCACGUCGAGGAGCUGACCAUCUUUUAUUAUAACAGCAAUCUGACCAUCAACACUAAGAGAACCAUUUGGACCCUCUGACCUUCAGUGACCUACAGUGAUUUUGCCGUGUGUGAAUGCACGUGUGUGUGGAUUGGGAUAACACUGACAGCUCUAGCUUCUCUGAAAACCAACAUUAACUAGUUGCUAAGCUCUAAGGGACUGAGAUGGCGGCAGGCCCCAAGAUUGAACUUUUCAUCAAGGUAAGCGUUAGAAUCCUAACCUGCCUCCAAUGGAGACGUUAUUACUGUAUUUUGAACUUUAGUCCUGUUUUAUAACAACAGGAGUACAUUUUAGUUCCACCAUCUUGGAAUGGGAGACAGCGUACAGCAAGGAUUUAAACUUUCAGGAUAUUGAUCAACGUUGACCCAUUUUGCAUGCCCCACCCUAUCAUGAGAAAAAGAUAAACGGUUUAGUUUGAUAUCAUUGGAAAGCUUACAAACAGGGUUGUCAAACUAUUUUAUAAUAUAUUUUUACAAAUAAAUUGUACUUUUAAAAACUUUAACAUCAAUGAUCUAAAAAUGCGUAAACUCCGAUUUUUUUAAUGUUCAUAUAUGUUGUAGGUUAGACCCUAUUUUACAUAAUCAGAAGUGUUUGUGUUGUGCCCACCGAUUGGUUAAUAUACAGCAUGCUUUUGAAUACAGAGUGGGUGUCAUGUUUUGGCUGAUAAAUGUGGGUGGUCCGACGGCUAUCUUUCUGGUAGUAAUUGGAAAUAAAAAUGUCAAUUAAAUUACAAUUUCAAUGGUGUACCAGCUAAAUUGCAGUGGUCUGAAGGGAUAGGUCCAUUCUAUUAAUUAUAUUUAAAUUAUUUAAAGACACCCACCCUGUAUUCAAGAGUAUGCUGUGUCUCAACUGAUUAUGGGCACAACACAAACACAUCAAAUUAUGUAAAAUAGGGUCUAAGCUACAACAUAUGUGAAAAUGAGAAAAAUCUGAGUUCAUGCGUUUUUAGAUCAUUGAUAAUUGACGCUACAGGUUCAAUUGUUUUAUUUUUAAAUAAAAAAAGAAAUUCUUAAGAAAUUCUAAAAUAGUUUGACAACUCUGUUUGUAAGCUUCCAAAUGAUAUCAAACCGUUUAUCUUUUCCAGUGAUGAAAACAUGGAUGUCUCAUGGUAGGGUGGGGUAUGCAAAAUGGGUCAACAUUCAGCGCCGCUAUCUUCUGAAUGUUUUGGCAUUCAGGUCCAAAUAGCCACUUUCUGACCACUUCUACCUUUGGCAAAUAUGUAUGGAAGGUUUUGUUCAAAUCAAAAGGGGUGCAGUCAGAAAGUGAUUGAAAUAAUAUGGAAUGACCCUGAAGCGAUGUAACCUCUUCGUAAAAGCUUGUUGUUUACAUAUAUCCUGUUCAGUUACAGAGUAUGGGUGUGUUUUCUGUUUGAAGUCAGGUGAACAGAAACUGAAAAAGAGGAUUGUCCAGUUUGGAGGCGUUCUGCUUGUCUUUCCAAUCACUCAAUUAUCUUGAUUCGCAAAGUGUUGUAAAAAGUGCUAUAUAAAUAAAAACGGUAACACUUUACAUUAGUGUCCUUAUUACAGUGGAAUUACAUAAGGAAGUAUAGUGUACAGCAACAAAAGUACAGCAAUAAAUCAUAUUUGUUACACUGUACUUACAUUAUGAAAACGUUAAUAAAACAUGACUGACAGAUUGAGGAGAUAUUUUUUUAUGUCAUUCUCGAAUACCCCUCCACCCUUCAGGCCAGUGAUGAUGGGGAGAGUGUGGGGAACUGUCCCUUCUGUCAGCGACUCUUUAUGAUCCUCUGGCUGAAGGGGGCCAACUUCACCCUCACCACAGUGGACAUGAAGAGGUACGUAUGUGGCUAUUCCCUCUCACACACAUACACUCUCCACAAUACACCUAAAGCAACCGUUUAAUCCUUCCAAGCCACGCCUGAAUCCAAGUGCUUGUCCAAACAUGCCCAGGCAUCCUCAAAAGUCAUUUGUCACUACUUGAACUGCUAAUGAGGAUUGUGUGUAAUAGAUGAAGUGUGCAGUUGAGGGACUUUCUCCCUCAUGUGUUUCAUCUGGUCCUCUGGCUGUCAGGGCUCCAGAGGUGCUGAAGGACCUGGCCCCAGGUUCUCAGCCCCCGUUCCUCAUCUUCGGGGAGGAGGUGCGGACUGACACCAACAAGAUCGAGGAGUUUCUAGAGGUGGCCCUGGCUCCCCCACAGUGAGUGUGUGAUGAACAUAAACAGGCAUAAAUGCACGCACACACACACACACACACACACACACACCAAAUGAGACAGGUAAUGAAUAAAUACAUGUUUAUUACAACCGCUUUGCAGUCAAAUGUAUCCUCCACUGGCUUUACUGAUCCAGAAAGCUGAGAGCUAAUGGCAAUGCUUUUCCAGGUACCCCAAGCUCUGCUGUCGCUACAAGGAGUCCAAUGGUGCUGGAGACGACAUUUUCCACAAGUUCUCAGCAUACAUCAAGAACUCUAACCCUGGGCUCAAUGAUAGUAAGAGCCCCUCCUUGUUUAGAAAUCACUGAGUUAUUGAAACAGCAUGUCCUGUAUUAAAGCGAUCAUGGUUCCAGCUUUUCAUGAGGCUUUGCUCCUUUUCAGUGCUGGAGAAGAAGUUUCUGAAGAGCCUGAUGAAGUUGGAUCAUUACCUGCUGACGCCACUCCCACAUGAGCUGGACCAGAACUCAAACGCCCGCAUGUCCUCACGGCACUAUCUGGACGGGAACUCCCUCAGUCUAGCUGACUGCAACCUGCUGCCCAAGCUCAACAUAGUCAAGGUUAUCAGAUCAAGCAUUCCAGGAACUCAUAGACCACACCACACCACCUUUGCCAGUGUCAUCUAUUGUCCUUUCCUUGAUUCUGUUCCUCUCUGUUGGAACAUCUCUAUCAAGAAGUGCAAAGGUGUAUUCACUGUAUUUAUAGAUGUACUCAGGGGUGUCACUAUGGUAACAUGGCACUGUAGUGAUCAAAGAUGGACAGUGUGGAUAGGCUUAAAGAUCAAACAAUGGUUCAAACAAUGGGAAUAUAUACAGUGAAUGGCCUUUUAUUAGUCUGUAUCACUACAUACUAAAAGUACCACUGGCACCACCGUGCUACUAGUAAACAGAUUAAAUGUUGCUCAGUGUGGUUCAGUGUGUGUCCUCCCUCUUGCCCCCUACAGGUGGUGUGUAGGAAGUACCGUGACUUUGAAAUCCCUGCGGCUCUGACUGGUCUGACCCGCUACCUGACCAAGGCCUACCAGCAGGACGAGUUCCGCCAUACCUGCCCCAAGGACACCGAGAUCCUACUGGCCUACCACUCAGUGGCCAAGUACCUCAACAAGUAGAUCAGGAGAGAAGGAGGGGGAGAGAAAGAGAAAGAGAAUAGAGAGGGAGGGCAGACAGGGUAAAAGAGGAAUUGAAAAAGGUGUGUUAGAAAAGAGAAUAAAUAUAAAAAAGGGGAAAGGAGGGCUAUGAAGCGAUGAGGACCAGAACAAUAAGCCUGCUGCCUGUGCUGCAGAACAAGGCAUUUCUGUCUUCUGUCAGUAACAUAUGUAUGUAUAACGCUGUGUGUGCAGGGUGAAAGUCUGCUUAUACUUUAUAUGUACUAUUACAAUGUGUAAUAUAUAAAUAAUAUAUGCCAUUUAGCUGAAGCUUUUAGCCGAAGCUUUUAUCCAAAGCGACUUACA